AUGCGUGUGUCAAUGCAGAAAAGAGAUCAUAUCAGUGUGAUAUCUGCGAAUUAUGACUUAACUGUACACAGACGUAUUCAUACAGGGGAGAAGCCAUAUCACUGUAAUACUUGUGGUAAGGCCUUUACUCAGAAUCAUGAUUUAACUAUACACGAACAUAUUCAUACAGGAGAAAAACCAUAUCAGUGUGACAUCUGCGGUAAAGCUUUCUCCAGACGCAGUACCUUGAUUUCGCAUAAAUACAUCCAUACAGGUGAAAAGCCAAAUCACAGUGAUAAAUCGUCGUCUGUGAGAAAUGCCUUAACUGAGUAUAAACAAAUCCAUACAAGAGAGAAACCGUAUCCGUGUGAUAUCUGUGGUAAAUCAUUCUCCUUAUGGCAUCUGACUACACACAGACAUGUUCACACGGGGGAGAAACCAUAUCACUGUGAUAUCUGUGGUAAAGCAUUCUCACGCUUGUGGAACUUAACGACUCACAAACGUAUUCAUAGACGAGAGAUAGCAUAUCCUUCUGAUGUCCUGGAGGAAUCAUUCUCCAUAAACCAACUUGAUGAACAGAACAAUCACACUGGAUAA